AUGCCUUCGUUCUGCUGCGUACCCAACUGCAAUCAGAAAGGUUACACAUCGUCAUUAGGAGAAAAGGUUUCUUUCUUUAACUUUCCUAAAGCGCCUCUGAUAAGAAAACAGUGGAUACACCCAAUCCGUCGAGAGGAAGGCAAGGCCUUCGUCAUAACAGAGCGUACGAAAGUCUGUUCACUACAUUUCAGGUCAGAAGACCUUAGGAAAUCUAUCAACGGACGGAUUUAUAUCAAGGAAGGCGGUGUUCCUUCAAAAUUUGACUGGUUAGGACCUUCUCCGAAAAAAAGAAAGGCCCCGAUUGAACGGCAACCGCUGCCUGCGAAGAAACAACUGCUCGCCGAAGACAACUCUCGUCGCUCUGAUCAGUCUGCGUCUGUAAACAGUGAAGCGCAAGAAACCGUCGAGAUGUCCGCCUGUGAGUCAAGUACAAGCUUCGAAGAUGACACAUGUAAAACCCCAGAUUUAGAAAGACAAAUCGCCGAGCAAAGCACAAAGAUCGGCGAACUAGAAGAGAAAUUAAAGCAGGCAUAA